GUACGCCAGUCGCUUCUCAGCAGCCGCCCAAUACACACGCCUACACGUGAACGCGAAUAAUCGCGAUUGUUGUAUCUCGUUGAAUAGUUUGUAGCCGGUUUUGAGUUUGUAAACAAAUACAAAUAAUAUGAGGACUUGAAUAAAUAAAAAUGUCGUUUUGUCGAAUAACCGGUAGGAGCAGAGGGCUCCCGAAGCCUAACUACUUCCCUCUCCUCGCUCCAAUAUCACCAGCUGAUGCUAAGCGUUGCUGUCGUAUUACAGGAAAAUCUUAUGGACUGCCUUCUCAUCAUUACAUUCCAGUGUUAUUAAUAUCGAGAUCCAGUAAAACUAAAUGUAAGAUAACAAAUGUUUCGGGAGAGUUGGGCCCGCAUCAUUAUUCGCCUGAAAUUAAUUAUGGAAACAGAAAACACGAUAUUAUACCGGACUAUAGAUAUAUAUUCCCUGUUUUGGAUGGCUCAACGGAUGCUCAGAAAGCUCUUAUUGAAUUGUUAUCUAUGAAGCAAGUGACAGAAGAAAAGAAAUAUGUAUAUACAGUUGAUGAGAGGCGAUGUAGCCUGGUCUUCUCAGCUCGUAUGGAAGCAGCUGUGCGUGAUGGUGAUGUUAGAGAUGUUAUGCUUGCUAAGGAUUCGGAUACAGUGCUUAUUAAAACUAAACAAGGACGAAGUGUUUCUAUGGACUUUAAAGAUUUUACGGAGGACGUAGAAAUGUUUGAAGGAGAAGGUCCUAAUGCCGAAGUAUUGAAACAAAGGGAAAUGGAAGAAUUAGAAGAAAGAAAGAAAAAACGGAAGCGAGCGGCUGGUCUAUCUUCAAUGAAAAAAAUAUUUGAAAACAAGGAAAAAUUGGCUGAAGUGCAAGAAAUCGAAGAAGAAAAACUGCGCCAAGAUCGUUUGGCAAAGAAAGCAAAAUUAGAAGUACGACAUGAAAAACAUGAUGUCAAAAGUUUUUCGAAUAAUAACUUUGAUGUUGAGCAUAUGCGCUCUAAGUCUAGUAUUAUUAUGUGCAGUGGUGAUUGGAAAGAUCAAGUGCAUCCAAUUAUUGAAUCUUGGGACUGUGAUUUAAUUGAUAAAAAUAGUAGUGAUAAUAAAUAUACCCCAAAAGUAACCACAUUACCUACGCCUGUAAAAAUAACCCCGUACCACUGUGAAGCCGAAAUCUUUCAAGCUGAUAAUAACAUUGGUGAAACGUCUAUUCCUCUCGAAAACGUUCCUUGUGUAAAUCCUUUAAAGCCGAUUAAGUCGCGGCCGUCAGAAGAAGUUCUGAAUGCAGUAAAGCAAAUGUCAUCUGAGCGAUUGAUCGAUACAGCAAAUGUUACAGAAAAAAUGUUACAAACAAACAAAAUGGACAUGAUACCUACUUUUGAAGAGCUGCCUGACAUAGUUAAAAAUAUUAAAAAAGGAAAAAGAGAAAAAGUCGCCAAGAUAUCCGGCCUUACUCUGGAUAUAAACAAAGCGAGAAAGUUUGUGCCAGGUCAGCAUGUAAACACUCCGCAAGGUCCCGUAUUCGUGCCAGGUCAGACUGUUGAAACACCAGCAGGACCAGUUUUUGUGCCUGGCCUAAGUGUAAAUACACCUUUAGGGGCUAGCCUUAUUCCAGGACAUAUUGUGGCAAAUGAAAACAAUAAUGAACCUAUAUUCCUUGCUGGACAAGUUAUGAAUACGGCAGAUGGUGAACAAUUUGUUUGUGGACAAACAGUAAAGAAUAAAGACGACACUUAUCGAUUUAUUGAAGGACAGACAGUAUUGUCAGAAGACGGAUUUAAAUUUGUUCCAGGUAAAGUUGUAAAUACUGGAUCAGAUGAAGUGUUUGUACCUGGCCAAACUAUUUCAACCCCAGAUGGGAUACAAUUCAUACCUGGGCAAACCAUUACUGAAAACGGGAAUACUAUAUUUACACCCGGUCAAAACGCUAAAAUUGAAAAUGAAUGGCAAUUUAUACCAGGCCAGGUAGUACAUCAAGAUGAUGAGUUACACUUUGUUCCAGGAGCUACCUUAGCAACACCAAAUGGUCUUAAGUUUAUUCCUGGACAAACUGUUGCUAUAAAUGGUGAAACAUGCUUUGUACCAGGGAUCACUAAAAUGGAGAACUCUGAAUUAAAAUUUGUCCCUGGAACAACCGUUGAAACUAUAAAUGGCCCAAAAUUCAUUGAAGGUCAAAUUGUGCAAACUACUUACGGGGAAAAGUUUGUGCCGGGAACAACUAUAAUUCAAGCUAACGGGCAUGUGGAAUUUUCCGUCGCAAAGUCUAUGGAGGACGUUCAAUUUUCUGAUAGUGCACCUGUGGGUCUACCUAUUGAUAUUAAAACUUGUUCAGUAUCGGAAGAAUCUUUGUAUGUUUUCGGUCAUAUGAUACAAACAACUAAUGGCAUCGAAUUCUAUCCGGGGUCAAGAGUACCUAAAAACGAUGGAAAGAUAGUACCUGGACGCCUUGUGAAGAAUGAAGCAGGUGAAUCGCGAUUUGUGCCCGGAACAAUGGUUGAAGGCAUAUUUGUUCCUGGACAAAUAGUUUUCACAGAAAAUGGGGAGCAAUUUGUUCCCGGCCAAGUUGUUGAUACCAGUGAUGGCCCUAAAUUUGUACCGGGUCAAGUUGUCAACACAAAAAGUGGACCAAAAUUCGUCCCUGGACAAACAAUUCAUACAAUAGACGGACCUCGAUUUGUACCCGGUCAGAUAAUAGAGACCAAGGCAGGACCAACAUUUAUACCUGGACAAGUAAUAUCUACAGAUGAGGGUUCCCGUUUUGUACCAGGUCAAGUAGUUGACACAGAAGAAGGUCCUCGUUUUGUUCCCGGAAGAGUGAUUGAAACAGAUGAUAACGGUGUUACAUUUGUGCCUGGGCAGAUUGUGCAAACACCUGAAGGUCUAAAAUUUGUAGCACCAGAUCUUGUCGAAGGUGAAGAAGGAUUAGAAUUUUCAGUACAAAGUUUCUUAGUAACUCCCGAAGAAUUAAAACUUCUAAAAGUUAAAACUAAUCCUAACGAUACCACAUCGACUAAAGGAGAACUAACUAUUGACACAAAUAUGUUAAGACAAUUAUCUGAAGCUGGUAUGUCAAUUGGUAGGCAAGUUCCAGCCGAAUUGCCAGCAAUCAAUGUUAUACUAAAUGAAACAAAAAACGCUGAAGCUUUAAAAGAAUUUGUUUCAGACUUUGGCCUGAAAGAUACAGUAGCAAAUCAGUUAAUGGACGUAAUUAAGUCCAUAAUUGAAAUGAGUGGUCACGUAAAGUCUGAAAUUCAUCAAAAUCAAAAUGGCGUUAGAAAUUUUAAUAAAACUGGUAAAUUACAAAAAAGUCGAUCCCACGAAAAGCUUAAUGGUGAGCAAAUUGUCUCUGAAGAAAAGAUACACGAAGAACAUAUUAAAAAUUCAAUAGCUGCUGCUGUUUUGGCUGCUUUGGUUACAGCUGAACAAUUUGAAGAAAUUAAUAAUAAUAAUGGGAAAGAGAAAUAUCAACAUAUUUUGAAAUCUAUUGAUACAAUACUAGGAAAGUCUAUUGAUGAAGAUUUCGUCACUGCUAUGUACCACAUACUUCAAAAAGAAGAUGAAAAAGGAAUUCUUUGCGAAGAAAUAUUGGAAAAUACCACACAACCAAAAGUGGAAUUGAUAAAAAUCGCUGUAAACAGUACAUUAUCUAAGCAUUCCUUGACUGAAACUGAAAUUAUUGAAAAGUUUAGUGAUUUCUUAAAAAGUGAAAAUGAAGUAUUAGGGCCGGCGUUCAAAAAUAUAACUAAAAAUGAUUCUAAUUUACUUCAACACGUAUUGGGACGUAUAUCUGAUUCAAUUUCCUUUAUAAAAACGGACCAAGAUGCUGCAGAAUCUUUACAAAAAGCAAUCGUAUCUGCUGUACAAGAGUCAAGUGCUGGUGAGCUACAAAAUAUGCUUCAAAAUACUGACAAAAAGGAUCUAAAAGAAUUAAUACUUCAAUCAAUAGGCCUUGCCCGUGUUCUAGGAAUGAGUGAUGUUGCAAAGAGCUUGUUGUCUUUAGUAAAUGAUGAACUUAGUUUAUCUAAAAUUGAGGGUGAUGAAACUAGCAUGAACAUUCUAAAAAGAUUGACAGUGAUGCGUAAAUUAGCUGAACAAACACCCGAUUUACAUGCCACUCUAGAGAAAUUAGAAAAAAAUCCAGAAUUAGCUCGCUCCGACCCUAAAAUGAGGGAAUUAGUGCGAGAAAGUGCUGCACUUAUGAUAAUACCCGAAGAAUCACCUCUUAUGACUUCCGAUGACGUCCCGUUGAGUUUACUUCAACCGGAGAAUAGUCUCGCAAUGGAAGAAUUCCUGUUCCAGCGUAAAAAAUGUCCAGGAGCAUUGUUAAUUAUGAAGAGAGGCCUGCAAGCAGUGGUACCUCGGGAAGCUAGCCGGGCCGUUUUGACGGGUGAAGUGGCAUAUUCAGUUCUUGAUGAAAAUGGCAUACGACAUUUCGAACCAUUACACGUAUUUUCGGCUCUUAAUUUAAGCAAACCAAUAGCACAUCGCUUCAGUAUGUACAGCUGUCCGAUCGCAGAUGAGAAAGAUGAUGAUUUACAAAACAUAAAUGGCUAUUGCAAUAUUAGUAACAGUCAAAUAAUAACAAGAUUGGGCGGUUGGGGACGCAGAUAUAGCGGCGUUAAUAUGGAUAAAGAAAACAGAAGCAGAUAUAAUACAUAUGACAACACACCGAGUUAUAAACGAUAUCCGUCUAGAUCAUCUACGAGAUCUAGGUCUAGUUGUAGCAAAAGUCCGCCAAAGGUAGACGACGUCGUAGUGGCGUCUAGUGACUACACAGCGGCGGCAGAUGACGAAGUCUCUGUCAAAGCUGGCGAUAUUGUCGAAAUUCUUGACACCAAAGCCGCCCUCGGUUCCAAGUCCCGGCUCGCUAGCGAGCUGGAUGUGGACGUGGUCCUGCUGGACUCCACGGCAGCCAAGCAUAAGAUCGCUGUGCGUCCAAAGAAAAAUCACCCGAAAGUGAAAGUCAUACCUAAACAAAAUGGAGAGAGAUGGCUGGUGCGCGUGGUGGACGACGUGGAGGACGAGCAGCUGCGCACGCGGCAGGGCUACGUGCCCGCGCACGUGCUGCGCGAGCGCCCCGAACGGGACGCCACCGCGCUCGCCGCGAGGCGACAAGCCGUGGUCCGCGAAUUAAUCGAGACUGAAGAGGAAUUCGGCAGAGACAUGCAGCAGGUGGUGAGCCAGUACAUGCGGCCGAUGGAUAAGGCCACUACACCUAAAGCCGUUUUUGACAGCCGAGAGUUCCUGUUCUCGAAUUUUAAGCAAAUUUGCGAAUUUCAUAAUACGACCCUCCUAGAAGGCAUAAAGUACUACGCGGGAGACCCGCGUAUGCUGGGCAGAGCUUUGCUGCGAAUGGAGAGGGAAUUCGACAAGCACGUGGCCUACUGCCGAGACGAGCCCAAGGCGCAGAAACUUCUGUCCAUUCACCCGGUUGUUAAGAAAUAUUUUCAGGACAUCGCUAAAAAAGUUGGAGACGACAAAGGCCUUCCGGAGCACCUUAAACUUCCAAUACAACGAAUCAACGACUACCAACUCCUUCUUAAGGAAUUAGUCAAGUACUCCAAACGUCUCGGCGACGAUUGUACCGAUCUACAAAAGGCCUUGGAACUAUUUCUCGGCGUCCCAAACAGAGCGACCAACAAUUUGUUCAUCGCGAGUAUCGAAGGCUACCGCGGAAAUAUCUAUAAGCUUGGAAGACUUCUGACCCACGAUUGGUUCACAGUUGAAAUAGAAGGGAGGUCGAAGGAGAGGUAUCUGUUUCUUUUCAAGGCGAGGAUUCUCGUCUGCAAGAUCAAGAGGGUUGCUGACGAUCGAUCAGUGUUUGUACUACAAAAUAUCGUGAAGCUUCCUGAUUUAGAAAUCCAAGAUCACCCAGAUACCCUUAAGUUUGAACUUCAUCAAAAGAAUCCACCUUUAGUCAUCACCCUCACCGCUCACAAGGACUCAGUUAAGACUGCUUGGCUUCGUGAAAUCAGACAAUACGCGAGUGAUCUUGUUGCAUUAGCAGAACACGCCGCAGACGAUCUACAAGUCUUACCCCAAGAGGAAUAUUUCGAAGCUGAAGAAGAGUCAAAGAAAAGAGAGUAUUCAGAAGACGAGGAAGACGAUCAAAAGGAGAAGAAGUUACGAACUGAAGAAGCUGCAGUUGAAGAUUUACAACAGGAGUCACUUCAAGUUACAACUAAGCGAAAAGCGUCACUUGAAUGUGAAGUUGCACAGAAGAUAUCUAAAUCUGAAAACGCAGAAGUUGCAUCUAUUAGUGAAAUCCAUGAAAUCACUAGUACUCAGGAAGUCGCAGCUGAUUUAGAAUCUAAAUCGAUUGUGACACAGGCAAGUACUACUAUCAGUGAGAGUCAAUCCAUUACAUCACAGAUUGAAACUGGACAAACCGCGCAGGCUUCUGGAGAAAACGUCGAAGUCGGAAUACACGAAGUCUCGGUAUCUAAACAAGUUUCAACAACUCAAUCUGUCCAAGUUCAUUGUACUGAAGUAUCUACUCAAGGAUCUGUAGAAGAGGUAGUAGAAACUACUUGCAAGACACAGAUAAGUCAAGAGAACACUGAAACAAACCAAAACAACUUAAUCACUGAAUCACAGCAGUCUGCAAAAGAAGUCGAAAGUGUUUCGGUUAAACAAUCGCACGAACUCGAGGAAUCAGUUUGUGAAAAUCUAAAUACACAACAAAUUUCUCCAGUCCCAGCUGAAACAUCUGAAACUUCUAAAGAAACAUCAGUGCAUCGAACAGAGAAAUCGGAAACAGCUCUAAUUACAACCGUCGGGGAAUUCAGAACUGAAGCUGAAAAAUCACAAGAACUAGAAAAAUCUGCUAGCAAAAAUAAACAAACUAGUGAAUCUUUUAAAGCAGAAAAUAAAGAGGCGUCCGUUUCCCUAAAUAGACAAACUUCUCUUGUUGUUCAAGGAGAACAGAAAGAUUCAACAGAAUUAACAUCAACUAGUAAAGAUUUAGCAUCGGAUAAAAAAGAAGUAAAACGAGGAUCUAAAACUAAACGCAGUUCAAAGAAAAAGUCUGAUACUAAAGCUCAGGAAUCAAAAACAGUAGAACAAAUUGAAGUUGAAGCUGUUUCUAAAGUAACAGCGGAAGUUGUUAAUGUUAAAACAACCGAAACAUCCGUCCAAGAAAAUAAAGCAGAGGAAUCUCUAGAGACAACAGAAAAUAAUAACAAUAAUAAAGAAGUUGUCGAACUUGAAAGUAAAAAGUCGGUAUUAGAAGCAAACACAGAAUCUAAACAAUCUGAGGACACUGUUUUAGAAGAAAGCCAAACUGUUAAUCAAGAGGAAAGCGCUGAAGGAGAGAUGUCGAGAUACAGCCGCACUUCGCGGCUCUCUGGAGAGUAUUCCAGCAGUACUCGCAAAUCAUCAACAGGCGGUCGAUAUGAGUCUUCGGCUGAUGGAGGUAUCUCCUCUUACUCAUCUCGCCGGGAGAGUGGUUCUCGUAUAGAAAGCAGUCGAUAUGAUAUCGGAGGUAUUGAAGGCUCUGCUGCAUCGAAGUACGAAUCUAAGUACUCAACAUCUAGUGCCAUCGAGGGAGGAUCGAAAUACGGCGUCGAAUCUAGUUAUGAAAGUAGGAGCUCUAUCAAAGAUGGCUCCAAGUACGGUAUCGAAUCGAGUUACGAGAGUAGGAGCUCUAUCAGGGACGGCUCCAAGUAUGGAACAGAGUCAGGAUAUGAAAGAACUAACUCGAUUAAAGAUGGCUCGAACUAUGGUGUCGAGUCAAGUUACGAAAGUAGGAGGUCCAUUAAAGGUGGUUCUAAGUAUGAUGUUGAUUCCUACGAUAGCAGAAGCUCGGUUAAGGAUAGCUCGAAGUACGCUAUCGAAUUUAACUAUGAAAGAAGCAACUCUAUCAAAGAUUCAAAGUAUUCAAUCGAAACCACCGAUACUGACAGUAAGAUCAAUAAUAUUGCAGCCAAGUACGGUCUGAAUAAUAAUAUCGAGACUUCUGAAAGCAAAUCAAUCAAGCAAAGCAUUGAAGCUAGUUACGAUGUAGAUCUAGACGCUCCCAGCAAAAUCGACAGUAUUGCUUCCAAAUACGGUCGCAAUUCGAUCACCAGCAGCUCCAACGUCGAGGCUCGCUCCACAAGACUGAACAUUGAAACCAGUUUCGAUGGAAGUAACCUUGAAGCUGAGGCAGUAGCCGAAUCGAAAUACUCCAAGCGAAGCUCCAAAAAUGGAGAAUCAGUAUAUGAAAGUGAAUAUUCAAAGAAAGCACUAUCGAACGGAUCAGUAACUAAUGAGUUUGAAUCCCAAAAGUCGGUCUCCAAAUCUGAGUCGUUCGAUGGAAAGCCAAUUUUCUCGAAGACGUUAGAAGGGCAGAACAUCGAGCCCGGCGAGAAUGCGAUGUUCGAAUGCAAGAUUAGCUCUCUGGAAGAGGUUAAGGUGACCUGGCUGAAGGACAACAAGCCUCUCACCGACCGGUUGAUGGACCGCGUGAAUAUCGUGAACACCGGUGAUGUUCAUAGACUAGAGGUGAAGCAUUGUAGAGAAGACGACACCGGCUUGUACACCGCGAGGGCGGAAAACGUGAAGGGCAAUGCCCAUUGCACCGCGCAAUUGAUUGUACAUGAGCUGACUCCGGAAGAAAGGAAACAAAAGAAUGCUCAGAACGCGCCAUACUUCUUGGUCGCUCUUAAGGACACUGAGAUAUUGUUGAACACAUACUUACGCUUUAUGGUCAAGGUCAAGGGAACGCCAAAUCCUGAUGUAAAAUUCUACCGCGAAGGGAAAGAAAUAAUAACCAGUUCGGACAGCGACCGUGUUUCCAUCGUUCGCACACGCGCUGAAAAGGGCUGCUACGAGCUCGUGAUCGCCGAUGUGAACGCGGCAGAUGCCGGCACCUACUCUUGUAAAGCCAUCAAUAUAUAUGGAGAAGUCGAGUCUGAGGCCACCGUCACUGUUGUUGAUGACAAGAAUAUUUUCGGGGAGCUUCUGCCGGGCGGUGAAGGGUUACUAGCAAAGGGAGAGAAGCCUGUAUUUGCGUGGAAGCGCGAUGGCCUCGAAUUUGACCCUGAGGAGAGGUUCAAGGUCCUCCUCGGAGACGACGAGGACUCCUUGGCGCUUGUGUUCCAGCACGUCAAACCUGAAGAUGCUGGGUUGUACACAUGUGUUGCAAAGACCAGCACUGGAAAUAUUUCCUGUUCCGCUGAGCUAACGGUGCAAGGUGCCGUAAACUAUUUGCACCGCGAACCACAAAAGCCAAGUCUAGAAAUCGAGCAUCGUGAGCCGGUAGUGUCUAGCGGGGGAUCAGCAAUGUUGGAGGUAGUCUGCAAGGGCUACCCGAAGCCCACUGUCGUAUUCAAGCAUAAGGGAGAAGUGGUGGAAGCUGAUGCUAGACAUAAGUUCUUACAUGAAGAUGACGAAAACCUGUCUCUGGUGAUAAAGAACGUUACCGUAGCUGACAGUGGGGUGUACGAGGUGACAGCAUCCAACGACCUUGGUGAUGAUACCACCACCUUCAACCUGGUAGUUACAGCACCACCCAAGAUUAAGAAGAAAAUUGAGAACCAGACUUGUAUGGUGAAAUCAACUCACACAGUAAGAAUCGAGGUAGAAGGCACACCAUCACCAGACGUGAGCUUCUACAAGGAUGGCGUUCUCAUCACCAGCUCGGAGCGCAUCGUCAUCACCAAGGAGUCUGAGGAGGUCUACACCAUCACCAUUAAGGACGCUAAGCUCACUGACACUGGCUCCUACUCUGUGGUUGCCAAGAACGAAGUGAACCAAUGCUCGGACUUCUGGCAGUGGUUAGUGACGUCACCGCCCAAGGUCACCAAGAAGCUCGGCAGCUCGAAGGUUUGCGAUGAGAAGGAGACUGUCACCUUCGAGAUUCAGACGGAAGCCGAACCGGCGCCCACUGUUACUUGGUUCAAGAACAAAACCGAGCUAAAAGAAUCAUCAGCGAUCAAGAUAUCAUCAUCGGGAGAGGCCCACAAGCUGGUGAUCACAUCAGCAGCAAGGGCUGAUGCUGGAGAGUACUCCUGUGAGGUCCGCAACGUGCACGGGUCGAGCGGCGACGCGUGCGCGCUGAACGUGCGCUGCGCGCCGCAGUUCACGCGCCGCCUCGAGCCGCGCACGGCCAGCGAGGGCGACGUCGACGUGGAGUUCACUGUCGACGUGGACGCGUAUCCGGAGCCUAAAGUGCAGUGGUACUUAGGAGAUGUGGAAAUUACCGAAAAGAAAACAGUGUACAGUCGAGUAGAUAACGGCAGCACUCACAAGCUGAUAUUGAAGGAAGUGUCCGCCGAAAUGUCUGGACAGUAUACUUGCAAAGUUUCCAACGAGCUCGGCGCUGAUUCUUGUCAAGCUACUUUUACUGUUAAUAGGAAGCCCCGGAUCACCAAGAGUCUAGUGGACAUGACUGUUGACGAAGGUCAGACCCUGAAACUGGAGGUAGAAGUGGAAGGUUGUCCUGAACCUAGGGUCAAGUGGUACAAGGACGGCAAGGAGGUCACCACUGAUGCUAGAAUCAAAAUAGAAAGAGACACGCAGAGGUUAGAAAACUACAACCUGACCGUAACUCUUAUCAAAGAAGAAGAUGGCGGAGAGUAUGAAGUUCGCGCAGAAAAUGAAAUGGGAAGUGUAUCUUCUAAGAGUACUGUCACAGUACACACCAGAGAAGUACACUCGAGAUUCAUUAAAGAAACUAUACAAGAAAAUGAACUAGAUGACGAAAGCAAACAAUCAAAAAUGGUAAAAGAAGAGGAAAUCGAAGAUGGAGGUAAGAAAAAAGCUAAAAAAGAAAAAACAGAACCUGAGACAGCAGAGGAAAAAUCAAUUUUAGAUGACAGUGCUAAGACUAAAUCAGUUUCUUUCGAAGAAGUUGAUCAACCAAUUUCGAACAAGGCUAGGAAAUCAGUUACUGAACCUGAAAUAGCAGAAGAGAAAACUGUUCUAGAAAAUGAAAAUAACCAAGCCAAAAAAGUUGUCAAUGAUCUCGAUCAGCCUAAAUUAAAUAAAGCUAGAAAAUCUUUAACUGAACCUGAGGUAGCCGAAGAAAAGUCGUUGUUAGAUGAUGCGGACAUGAAAGAAAAGAAAGAAAGCAAAAUUGAAGAAGUUGAUCAACCAUCGCAACACAGAGGUAGAAAGUCAAUCACAGAACCGGAAGUGGUCGAAGAAAAAUCUUUUUGGGAUGACGUCGAUGAUGAUGGCAAAGCUAAAGCCCAAAAGGUUGACGAUAUUACAGCAACACCACAGAAACCUAAAAAAACUAUAACGAAACCUGAGGAAGCUGAUACUGGCUCUUUCUGGGAUGAGAACCAUAAUGAACAAAAUAAAAAGCCUGUCAUUGAAGAAAUGGACACUGAGCCUCAACAAGGACAAAAGGACGUUACAAAGCCUGAAAUUAUCGAAGAAGUACCAAUUGACGUAGAAAUUAAAUCGCCGAAACGUAAAUCAAUUAAAAAACAAUCUAUAGCUGAAGAACCGUUGAGUGCUGAAUCCGAAGGCCGAGUUUUUGAAACAGUAACCACAUUCAAGUCAGGUGAUGAUGGCUCAAUUAUCGUAUCUAAAGUCAGCAGCACUCGCUCCCAUGGCGCUAUUAUAACAGGUCCAGCCGAAACGCGCACUUUACAUAAAAUGACUUCAACCUCCAUACAUUUCGAGGAAUGUGAUGAUGAUGAAUAUGAUAGAAAAAUAAUUCUACCCAAUACGCCGCAUACAACAUCACUUGAAGUAGAAGAAAUUGCUAGUCACAGUUACUAUUUGUCGGAACUUGGAUAUUACACAAUACCUGACCACGUGAGGAGGGGUAUUUAUGGACUUAUCGAGGAACCUCAAACUGAUUCCGAUGCUGACUCUAAUCCACGAAUAGGUCGAUCAUCUCGCAACAGAACCAUAUCCAUUAGAUCUGUCUCCGAAGACGAUAUGAGCUGGCAAAACGAUUCUUUAUCCCGUGAAAUUUCCAUUGAAGACCUUUCCAAAUCUAUUUUCGAAAUAGAUGAAACGAAGAAAGUAUUCAGUAAAGACUCAUACGUGCGUCAAACUUCUUUCAAAGAAGAUUACUUUACGAAUGAGGGGGAGGAAGAAUCGGUUAUAUUAAAAGAAAAAUCAGAAAAGGUGUUUGAAAACGAUGUUACAGAAAAGCUGAUACACAUUUCGAGGGAAUUCGAAGCAAACGAAUACAUGAAAUUCGAUACUAAAAGAGACGAUAUAAAAAAUAGACUUUUGGAGGAGUUGGUUAUGGAGCCCAUGCAAAGCUUUGAUAACAUAACGAAAAACGUUGCAGAAACAACAGUAGAGAGGAGGAAAAAAGGUUCAAGUUUAUUUAGUGUAGCGGAAGAGGAUGACGGAGAUAUUGAAGAUUUGCUUAAACGGAGUCAGAGGCAAAGGAGCAUUUUAGACGAAAUUAUAAAUACAGAAGAUGUCAAAGCAUCACCCACAUUAAAAGAAAGCAGCAUGAAGGACGGCCACACUUACGAGUCCUUGCCUCUGGUUUACACUGUCCAAGCGGCUGGUACUCCGAAGCCAACAGUACGCUGGCUACACGACGGCAACGAAGUAAAACCAGAUAGCAGAGUUCAUAUCACUAAUGAAGGAGAUGUAUACAAGUUGGAGAUUGACGCUGUAGACCUGAAGGAUGUCGGCAAGUGGCAGUGUGAGAUCAGUAACAAGUUGGGCAAACAAGUUCUGGAUGCUCAAUUGGCCGUAUCACCUGUUGCGGAAUACCGCAAACCCAUUUUCAAGCAGCCACUCGAAGCGCAACGGGUGAUGCAGCGCGAGCCGGUCACGCUGCAGGCGGUGUGCACGGCCGACCCGCUGCCGCACGUGGCGUGGCUGCUCAACGGCAACGUGAUAGUACCCGAUGCGACCGUCACUACCAGCUCCGAUUCUAAGGAGCUGGAGCAUGGCCUGAAGGAGUGCACCUUCACCUUACAUAUACCUACUGGUCGUCACCAAGACACUGGAGAAUACACUAUCCAAGCGAAGAACCAGUAUGGUGUGGGAGAGUGUUCAGCGCGCCUCGACAUCCUGCUGAGGCCAGAGAUCGAACCGCUGAAGGACAUCACCACUGUACCCUAUGAGGAAACCACCUUCAUCACUAAGAUUAAAGCGAAUCCCAUUGCUGAGGUUAAAUGGAGCAAAGACGGCUACGUAAUCCAGCCCACAUCGAACAUCGAAAUCUCGCAAGAUCUACCGUCAGAGACAUACAGUCUCACCAUCAAGAAAGUCGGUGUUACUGACGCGGGAGUAUACACUAUUACCGCUAAGAACGAAAUCGGAGAAUCGGCUCAGCAGGCCAAACUUACUGUGCAUACCAACGAGCCGGUAUUCACGAAACCACUACAAAAGCAGACAGUCAAGGAUUACGACGACCUCACCCUCGCAGUGCGCUGUGACGGAGUGCCCAAGCCUCAGGUGAAGUGGUAUAGAGAGGGAACAGAACUGGCGAAUGACGAGAGACGCACCAUCACCACUGAGGUGGGGGGACAGGUGGACAGCGAGCUGGAGAUCAAGCACUUUAGCGCGGCUGACGCUGGCAAGUACAAGGUGGUAGCCAUGAACCUGUCAGGCGAAGCGACCACCGAAGCCAUGGUAUCGCUGGCCCAGCUGGCGCCAGGGUUCGUGCACAAGCUGGACCGGCAGCGGGAGGUGGAUGAGGGGGAGCCACUCGAGCUGAAGGCCAAGGUCGACGGCAGUCCGAUACCUACGGCAACAUGGUACAAAGACGGUGUAAAACUACCAGCCAACGAACACGUGAAGCAAACUGCACUACCGGAUGGCACAGUGAAGCUGAGCAUCGAACGCGUGACCCCCGCGGACUGUGGCGCCUACAAGCUGGUGAUCACCAACCCCAAUGGGGAGCACUCGGCACUGUGCGCAGUGGCUGUUAACCCAACUCCUCGCAAACCAUCGUUCAGCCAGGAGCUGGAAGACGUGAAGGUCGUGGUUGGUCAACCAGUGAAGCUAGAGGCAAGAGUUAUGGCCUUCCCAGCACCGGAAGUCAAGUGGUUCAAGGAUGGUCUGCCCAUCCGUCCGAGCCAAGCGGUUAACUUCAUCAACCAACCGGGAGGUAUCAUUGGUCUAGCCAUCGAGGCCGCUCGCCCGGAGGACGCCGGCCAAUACUCUCUCACGCUUUCCAACAAGCUGGGAGAUGCCGCUUCGAAGGCCACCGUUGAGGUUGGGCAAAAGGAGCGCAAACCAGCGUUCAUAGCGGAGUUGAUGCCUGCCGAAGUAAUUGAAGGAUUUCCGGUUAAAAUGGAAGUCAAAGUUUUGGGACACCCUCCGCCGGUUAUCAAGUGGACACACAAUGGCAAAGAAAUCGUCCCAGAUGGUGAACGCGUCCGGGUUAUAUCCCAACCCGACGGGACCCACGCCUUGCUGCUGAGCAAAGCAACCGCUCAGGAUGGCGGGAAGUAUGGCGUGAUUGCCAUCAACGAUAAGGGUGAAACUGUUAGCAACGCUGAGCUCAGUGUUGCCAGUCGCACAGACGAGACCAGGCCGGAGGAGCGGGCGCAGUUCGUGCAGGCGCUGCGCGAGGCCACGGGCGACGAGGGCGCGCCGCUGGCGCUCAGCGCCGCCUUCCGCGGGAACCCCGCGCCCGACGUCUGCUGGACCAAGGACGGCCAGCCGCUGCAGCCCGGCGAGCGGCUCCUCGUCACCUGCGACGGGAAACGGGUUGGUCUGGAGAUCAAUCCCCUGAAGUUAUCAGAUGCAGGCGUAUACGCAGUGAAAAUAGUGAACCCGCUCGGAGAGGACAAGACGGAGGGCAAGGUGAAUGUCAGGAAGGUCUACCAGCCCCCGGCAUUCACGCAGAAGUUCACUGACUUGCAACAGCUACCCACAUUCGACGCGAAAUUCCCGGCGCGCAUCAGCGGCAUCCCGUCACCAGAAGUGACGUGGUACAAGAACGGUGUCGAGCUGUCUCCCUCUAACAAGUACUCGAUGAAGCGAGACGGCGAUAUGUGGUGCCUGUACGUGCGAGACUUAGCGGCCGACGACGCGGGGCAGUACAAGUGCGUGGCCAGGAACCGGGAGGGGCAGGCUGAGUGCGAGGCCGCACUGGAGGUCGUGGAUAAGAUAUCUCGGCGCGAGAAAGCUGAGGCGCCAUCUUUCCUGAAGAAGAUAGGCGACGUGGAAGUGUUCCGCGGGCUCAGCGCCAAGUUCACCGCGUGCGCCACCGGCUCGCCCGACCCGGAUGUUGAAUGGUUCCGCAACGGCGACAAGCUGUUCCCGUGCGAGCGGAUCCGCAUGGACAAGGAGUCCACCGGCCUGCUGCGGCUCAGCAUCAGCGGCGUGGAGCCGGCCGACGUGGGCACGUACCGCUGCCGGAUAUACAACCCGCACGGCGAAGCCGACUGCACCGCGCAGCUCACUUACGACACUCUGGAACCGCAAUCGGGUAAGAAGCCUCUAUCGGACCAGUACUCCGAGUUCGACAAGAUGAAGCAAACGGGCGUGCCGAUGCCGCUAUCUGACAAGCCGAUCAUCUCGCGCAUGGCUGACAGACACCUCACGCUCUCGUGGCGGCCCAGCAUCCCGCACCGGCCGCGGUUCCCCGUCACUUACCAGGUGGAAAUGUGCGAAGUGCCCGACGGCGACUGGUUCACGGCACGCACCGGCCUGCGCUCGUGCGUGUGCGACAUCCGCAACCUCGAGCCCUUCCGCGACUACAAGUUCAGGGUGCGAGUCGAGAACAAAUAUGGCGUCAGCGACCCAUCCCCCUACGCCAUUACCCAUAGGGCGAAACUCGAACCGGAUCCGCCCAAAUUCAUCCCCUACCUGGAGCCCGGCAUCGACUUCCGCCCGGAGACCUCCCCGUACUUCCCCAAGGACUUCGACAUUGAGCGUCCGCCGCACGACGGGUAUGCGCAGGCGCCGAAGUUCCUGCGCCAAGAAUACGACUCCCAGUAUGGGGUCAAGGGCCAUAACGUGAACCUGUUCUGGUUCGUGUAUGGAUACCCUAAGCCCAAGAUGACGUAUUACUUCGACGAUCAGCUGAUCGAGGGCGGCGGCCGAUACGACUGGAGCUACACCAGGAACGGACAGGCGACGCUGUUUAUUAAUAAAAUGCUAGAACGCGACGUGGGCUGGUACGAAGCGGUUGCCUCCAACGAGCAUGGCGAAGCUCGUCAGCGAGUUCGCCUCGAGCUAGCUGAGUACCCCACCUUCAUCAGACGGCCUGAAGAAGCUGUCGUGCUGCUGAGGAAGACCGUCAGGUUGGAGGCCAGGGUCACAGGCCAGCCCUACCCGGAGAUCAAGUGGUACAAGGACUGGCAGCCUUUGGCGCCUUCUUCUAGAAUUAAGAUGCAAUUCAUCGAACCAGACACAGUAAUACUGGUGAUCCAUGAUGCUAUUCUCAAGGACGAAGGCCUCUACUCAGUGUCGGCGCGCAACGUGGCCGGAUCCGUCUCAUCCUCCGCCAUGCUGCACGUGGAGGAGUGCGAGCACGAGUACUCCUCUAGAAUCCGCGAGCAUCCGCCGCGCAUCAAGGCGAGCUCCAAGCCCUUCGGCGACUUCUAUGACCUCGGGGACGAGCUGGGCCGCGGGGUCCAGGGGGUCGUGUACCACGCUGCUGAGAGACUUACAGGUCGCAACUACGCAGCCAAGAUAAUGCACGGCCACUCAGAGCUGAAGCCGUUCAUGCGCAACGAGUUGGACAUCCUGAACCAACUCAACGACCGCCAUCUCGUGCGGCUGCACGACGCCUUCGAGCACGAGCACACGCUCGCGCUCGUCACCGAGCUCGCCGCGGGAGGGGAGCUUGUGAGGGACCGGCUGCUGCGCCAGCCGGGCUACUCAGAGCGCGAGGUGGCGGGCUACGUGCGCCAGCUGCUGCGCGGCCUCAAGCACAUGCACGACAACAGCUUCGCGCACUUAGGGCUCACUAUCGGCGAGCUACUCCUCUCGCACGCAGGCUCCGACGAGCUGAAGAUCUGCGACUUCGGUCUCUCGCGCCGGAUCCAUCUCAACCAGCACGCGGCUCUCAACUACGGAAUGCCGGAAUUCGUCGCGCCGGAAGUGGCGAGUGGCGAGGGCGUGGCCUUCCCGGCGGACAUGUGGAGUGUGGGCAUCAUCACGUAUAUCCUGCUGAGUGGACGGUCGCCGUUCAGGGGGGCCAAUGAUAUGGAGACCCUGAUCAGGGUCAGGGAGGGGAAAUGGGAGUGGUACGAUGAGGAAUGGUGGUCUAGAUUCAGCUUAGAAUCCCGCGACUUCAUCUCCAAACUGCUGAUACUGAACUGGCGCGAACGCCUCGACGUGGACUCGGCCCUCGCCCACCCUUGGCUCAGUCUAGCCGAUAAGAUCUAUAAGGACGAGUACAUCAUAUCCACUGAUAGACUGAGGGGAUAUUAUAAUCUGUACAAAGAAUGGACGAGCAACGCGUCUUGCCGCACGUGGUUCCGCCGCCGGCCUCUGGAGGGCGCAUUCACGCACCCCUCCAAGAUGGUCUACCCACCUGGAGAGAUUUACACUCCCGAAGGCACUCCAGACCGCGACAGCAUGCCGCACGACCGCAAACCGUCCCCGUGGGACACGAAGUUCAAGCAGUGGGACCAUCCCGACUGGGAGGUCUCCGCCAAGUCUGAGAGCCACUACCAGAACGGCCCGGACACGUACCUGCUGCAGCUCCGCGACACGCAGUUCCCGGUGCGCCUGCGCGAGUACAUGAAGGUGGCCUGCAACCGCUCGCCCGCCUACAACCUCAGCGUGCACGACGCGUACGACCCCCGGACUCCUAUCAUCCGUGAGAGACGUCGCUUCACCGACGUCAUGGAUGAAGAAAUUGAUGACGAAAGGAAAGAAAGAAUCAACCAAUACGGUACCGAGAGCUACACCAUUCGCCGCCUCAGGCACGAGCUGGGAACCAGGCUCGACAGCUACGCCGAAGCACAAGCAUUCAUGGAGUCUAAAAAAGAUGGCCACUUACCAUUCUUCAGAGAGAAACCCCAAGUUCUGCCCAUAAGGGAAGGAGAACCCGCCCAACUCUCUUGCUACGCGGUCGGCGAUCCCAAACCAGUCAUCCAAUGGUUCAAAAACGAUAUGGUCAUAGCUGAAGGACAACGCAUCAAAAUCGUUGAAGACGACCAAGGCAGGUCCACCCUCACAUUCGACCCUGCAAUGCAUCACGACAUUGGUUUCUACAAGGUGGUGGCCAGAAACAAAGUCGGUCAAACCGUCGCAAGAACCAGAAUCGUGGAAGCCACCAUACCCGACGCGCCCGAUAGUCCCACGGCCACUGAAGUAUCCGACACAGAAGUCCUUCUCAGGUGGAAGCAACCAAAAUAUGACGGCAAUUCGCCCGUAGUGUGCUAUAGUCUUCAGUACAAGGAAGGAGACAGCGUGGAAUGGAAAACAGUAGCAGAAAACAUUGACCACGAAUUCUUUGUUAUCAAAGACCUUGCGCCAAAUACGAGUUACCAAUUUAGGCUCUCCUCUCGCAACAGAAUCGGUUGGAGCGACAAAGGAAUCCCGACCAACUUGAUAAAGACCAAAGAAUCUGGCGCCCAGAAGGUCCAGGUCACAAAAGCCAUGAAACACCUACAGCAAAUAACUGAAUCGGGGCAAGAAAUCGUGCUAGAUGAAGAUAAACCUAAAUUAGAUUAUGGAACCGAAGAGAACCCUCCAGAGUGGGGCACAACUGAAGCCUUCACGGAGAGAUACAGCUUCGUAUCGGAACUGUGGCGAGGAAAGUUCUCGAUAGUCGUCAAGGGAAUAGACAAGAAGGAUGACAGCGUGGUCGUCGCGAAGAUUCUGGAAUGUAGACCGGAAACGGAAGUACAAGUGCAGAGGGAGUUCGAAUGUCUGCGUCGCUUGCGACACGAGAGGAUAUCCAACCUAUUGGCAGCUUACCAGACCCCUGGCACGCCAGUAGCUGCGUUGAUACUAGAAAAGUUACAAGGCGCCGAUAUAUUAACCUACUUGUCGAGUCGUCACGACUACACGGAGCAAAUGGUUGCGACGAUAAUCACUCAGAUUUUGGACGGGCUACAGUACUUGCACUGGCGAGGCUACUGCCACCUGGACUUGCAGCCCGACAACGUGGUGAUGGCUUCCGUGAGGUCGAUACAAGUGAAGCUCGUGGACUUUGGCUCGGCACACAAAGUGACCAAACUCGGUACCAGCGUGCCGCAAGUCGGUGAUUUGGAAUAUAAAGCUCCAGAAAUAAUAAACGACGAGCCAGCGUACCCUCAAACGGACAUAUGGUCGGUGGGAGUACUCGCAUACAUCCUGCUGUCAGGGACUUCGCCCUUCCGGGGCUCCGAUGACGCGGAGACAAAACAGAACAUAUCCUUUGUUAGAUACCGCUUUGAACAUCUUUAUAAAGAGCUCACUCAGGAGGCGACACGUUUCCUCAUGUUCGUGUUCAAGAAGGUGCCUCUGAAGCGGCCGACCGCGGAGGAGUGCUACGAGCACCGCUGGCUGCACCACACCGACUUCAUGCAGAGGAAGCGGGAGCGGGCCGUGUUCCUGGGCAACAGGCUCAAGGAGUUCUCGGAAGCGUACCACGAGCGCAAGUCCCGCGAAGCGUCGGAAGCCGACACAGUGACGGCCGCCUUCGGCAGCGUCGCGCCGCGUCACCUAACGCGCUCCAACAGCAUACAAGACGAACUGCAAACUAACUUUUCAGCGCAAUAACAAUAGCCCGAAUUAUAUAAAAAAUGAUCUUUCACUUAAAAAUGUUUAUUUCAGUUUUUUAUCGUUUCGAUAAUUUCUGGAAAUCUUUUUGUAAGUAAAAUUUUAUUGAACUAUUUGUUACACUUAUUGUGUGUUAUACAAAAAGAACGCACCCUUAAUGGCUGUCAAUGUCAAAUUGCAUCAACUUUUUCUUUGGCAUCGUUAUGAAUUCAAAUUAUUUUUAAUGACCAUCGACAUUUUUCAUGUUUUUAAUUUAUUAUUCAUUUUUCAUGUAAUAAGACUUAACGUAGUUCUUUGUAAAUACACUAACUAUAAUACGGACAUCUUUGAACUUGUUUAAAAAUAUACAAUUUUACAUUGUUGGAUUUUUUUUAUUAUUUUACAAUUGAAUUGACUGAAAACUUACGCACCACGUAACCGCGACACUCGAUAUCUAGUCAAGAUAAUUUUGUUACGAAACAAUUAAUUGUUAAGUAUUUAUUGUAUACUUUUUCUAUUUAUACAAGUUAAACUUCAGUAUUAUUGAAGUUAAUAAAGUAUUAAUCUUUA